AUGGCUGGCGAACCUCCGCGAGAAUCGAUGACCUCCAUCCGAGACGACGACAAUAUCGAGAAGCUUCCCUCUUUGCCGCACGCCGAAGGCAGUAGCAUGUCUCUGGACCAGUCGGUGAGGACUUUCCGCCUCUUUGAGAUUCUUCGGAGCGGCGACACCACCGCUAUCUCUAAAGCCAUCAAAGAGACGAAGGAGCCUCAAGGGGCGACCAGUCUGUCAGGUACGACGGUUCUCCACUUAGCUAUUCAGUGCGCAGAGCCACAAGUCGUGGAGUAUGUACUAUCUACGGGCGAAGAGCUGGAUGUGAAUGCACAGGAUCGAGAUGGCAAUACUCCCCUUCAUCUGGCCGCUCAGCUAGGACGAGGUCCUGUAGUUCGUGAGCUGCUGAGUCGGCCUUCGCUGAAUGACUCAAUUUUCAACUACGGUGGUCAAACAGCUCUAGACGUUGCCCGGACUCCAGAGAUAUUCCAGCAACUUCAGCUAGCGCGGUCACUAUUCAUCGACCAUAAAACCCAGGAGAUUCAAACACUAGUCUCCCAAGGUGAAUAUACAAAACUUGAAAAGGUUUUGGAAGAGCCUCGGGUUGAGGGUGUGAUGGAUGUCGAUAGCCUGGAUCUAGUCACUGAUCCUGCUACCAUUCACUCUGGGGGAACGUUGCUACACGAAGGAGCAAGAAGGAGAGAUACGAAGCUGAUACAGAUUCUUCUAAUGCAUGGUGCCGACCCAUUUCGCCGCGACAAAAAGGGUAAGCUCCCACAAGACGUCACCAAAGAUGAAAAGACUCGUGCAAUCGUCAAAAAGUCCCCGGCCGCUGUCAUGGCUCAACGUGGUAUACAGGAGAAAGCCAUUUUAGGAACUAGCGCAACGACCCCGAGCGUCUCUGGCCGGGUGGGCGUAGCCGAAGCUCCCUUCGCUGGCAAAGAAGCUCGUGAGAUGAGAGGCUAUCUGAAGAAAUGGACAAAUUACACCAGUGGUUAUAAGCUACGGUGGUUUGUAUUGGAGGACGGGGUCUUGAGCUACUAUAAACAUCAAGAUGAUGCGGGCUCAGCUUGCCGAGGCGCUAUCAAUAUGAAAAUUGCUAGGCUUAAUAUGGAUUCGCAGGACAAGACCCGUUUUGAAAUUCACGGCAAGUCAUCAGUCAAGUACCAUCUCAAGGCAAACCAUGUCGUCGAGGCUAAGCGCUGGUUCUGGACGCUCAACAAUGCCAUACAAUGGGCAAAGGACGAAGCAAAGGAAGAAGAGAAGCGCCAGACAAGGCAUGCUGAAGUGCUACGUCAAGCGAAGAUCGAACAGACCGAGGGUCGGUCACCUGAGAGCAUGUCAGACUCGCCAGGCUUCAGUACCUACAAUAAAUCGAGUGGGAAAACCCUGGCUCCAUCAUCCAUCGUGGUGCCAAGUAGUAGUGGCACACGGCUUAGCACGUAUGCAUCGCGUACAACGCUAGAAAGUGCCCCUGAAGACGAUGAAGGCUCAUUGUACGGCUCGUUGGAUCAUGCUGCACCAUCGAAUGUGGUCCGCCGUCUCACUGGUCAUGUAACUACUGUGCCCGACAUCGAUGGAGAUGAGGAUAUUGAUGAUGAUGAUGAUGAUGAUGAUGACGAUGGAGACUAUGCAUCCAGCCACGAUAUACCUCCAGCUGAUAAAGAUGCUCUAAAUAUCACCGCACAGUCGACUAAACUUCAGCUUGAUAUCCUCGCCAACGUUGCGGCUUCAAUGCAGGCGGAACAAUCGAGAAGCCCGAGUACAACCUUGUCAGAUCCGGCCAUCGAGCAAGCUCUGGUAGCUUACGGAGCAGCCGUGAGUAGCUUACAAGGCUUAGUGCAAAAUCUUCUGAAGAUCUCCAGGGACCGCGAUGCUUAUUGGCAAUAUAGGCUGAACCGUGAGGCUUAUUUACGUAAGAUGUGGGAAGAAAGUAUGGCCAAGAUAGCGCAUGAACAUGAAGAACUGCAGUCACGAAUGGGUGAGUCCGAAGAGAAACGUCGGCGCACCAAAAGGGCGCUCAGGGAAGCAUUAGAGUCAGCUACUACUGGCCAUGUUGAUGGGAAGGCUCCUUCUCAUGCACAAACCAUCAGGGAUGACUCCGAUGUUGCAAAAGUCGAGACUCAAACGUAUGAUGUGGUUGACGAAGGCUCGCGGAUAACGGAGAAAGAGUCAGGGCAGUCGCUCAAUCACAAACAGUCAACUCUCUCUCAGAUCAGCAACCUUUGUGACUCAGGGUCCGAUGAUGACGACGACGACCAGUUCUUUGAUGCAAUUGAUUCAGGGGAGAUUGAGGUGGAGAAUUUGACAUUUGUACCUACAGAUGAUGAUGAUGGGAGGGAGUCCCCAGAUCAGGGUAGCGAGCUUCGAGCCAUCAAGCGGAAUGAAAUCAUCCCCUCAUUCACGGGAUAUGAUGAGUCUGUCAGGGAACGGCUGAAAAUGGACUAUGACAACAGGCCGAAAAUCUCGCUCUGGGGCAUUCUAAAGUCUAUGAUUGGUAAGGACAUGACGAAGAUGACCCUUCCAGUCUCUUUUAACGAGCCAACGUCGUUGCUUCAACGAGUGGCUGAAGACCUGGAAUAUGCGGACCUCUUGGACAUUGCCGCUGAUAGACCCGACUCCAUGGAGCGGUUGUUAUAUGUCGCUGCGUAUGCUGCAAGCGAAUAUGCAUCGACCAUUGGCCGUGUGGCAAAGCCUUUCAAUCCCCUCCUUGGUGAAACAUUUGAAUAUGUCCGGCCUGACAAAGGCUAUCGGUUCUUUAUUGAGCAGGUCAGCCACCACCCACCGAUAGGCGCUGCCUGGGCUGAGUCGACUAAAUGGGAUUACUAUGGCGAGUCUGCUCUCAAAUCGAAAUUCUACGGGAAAUCUUUCGACAUCAAUCUCUUAGGGACAUGGUUCCUUCGAUUGCGGCCGGCAUCCGGAGGAGAGGAAUUAUAUACUUGGAAAAAAGUCACCUCAUCUGUGAUCGGAAUCAUUACCGGUAACCCAACGGUCGACAAUUACGGGUUGAUGGAAAUCAAAAAUUGGACCACCGGCGAGGUUUGCUACUUGGAUUUCAAACCCAGGGGUUGGAAGGCUUCCUCUGCCUAUCAGGUGUCCGGGAAAGUAGUAGACCGAGAUGGAACCCCGAAAUGGAGUAUUGGCGGCCGGUGGAAUGACAAGAUAUAUGCGCGCCAUACUCCCGGAUUUGAGGCGCCGGUGUCUGGCCAGGAUCCCGAAUCAACCAAGACGCUUCUGGUCUGGCAGUGUCAUGCGCGCCCGAGCGGCAUUCCAUUUAACCUGACUCCGUUCGUUAUCACCCUCAACGCUCUGCCGAAUGGUCUGAAGGAGCACCUUCCUCCUACGGACACACGGCUCCGACCUGAUCAGCGUGCGAUGGAAGAAGGCGAAUAUGAUUUGGCGGCUAGCGAGAAGCAUCGGGUGGAAGAAAAGCAGCGAGCCAAGCGCAGAGAGCGCGAGACCAACGGUGUCUCAAUGACUGGUGAGUACACCUGUGGUCGCUGCCUACACGCACUCCGCCGACGGGCUGUGGUACGCCUGCCACACUAUGCACUGCCUAGUAAGGGAGGAUAUGGCCUGUUUAACCCUGCCUUUGUGCGGAGUUUGAGCAGUUCCAGCAAAGGUCUCCUUUUCUCGGAUAACCCGCCCCAAGCAACCUUGAAGCAAACAGCCUUGACUCCCCCGACUGCGUCCCGAAGUCUCGGGUCGGUCGUGCAGAAGGCUCCGUCUUCCACCUCCAAUACUCUUCCAGAUCCGCGCGUUUUGUUGAAACCGAACAACCUCUUCCAUUCGUUCUCUCAGUCACCAGCAGCGGCCAUUCGACAGCGUGCGGCUUUCAUCAAGCAAAACGCCUUCUGCCCACAUCCAAGCCACCAGCAGACCCGACUGCCUAUCUCUCCUCACGACCCAGAGACGCGCAAGAGCCCACAGAGCUCGAGUCUGCCGCCAGCGCACUCUCACUUUGAAUGUCCCGACUGCGGCGUGCCGAUCUAUUGCUCGGAGGGGCAUUGGAUGGAUGACUUCGAAGCACACUUGGAGGUCUGCGAGACCAUCCGACAGAUCAAUGAGGACGAUCAUGAUUUGCAUUCUGGGCGGGUUUUCCCGGAGUUCACCUAUCCAGGACUUCAAGAUGAUAACUUCGUCAUCAACAUGACAAACUGGGACACUUUUCUCUAUACACGAGAGUUUGAGGCCAUCAACGAUGACCGGAGCAUGCGGCAAGUGACCAGGAUGCUGACCUAUCCGCUUACACUAGCUAGUGUUCUGCAUGGACUGAGUCCCUACAAUGUCCGAAAGGGGGGGAGGCUUACGGUGGAAGGGCUUAAAAGUGUUAGUGCCUUGCGAUACACUUUACACCCUCCCAAGACAGGAGAGGGUGUCGAUAUCCGAGGACUACGCCUGAAGGCACCACCGGUCCGCAUUUUCAUCUUAGGGGCCCGGGCUGAGUCUUCCUUGCCGCGAGAGGUUUGGUUGCAGCUCAGCUACAUAUUUCCACGCUCUCUCAUUCAUCUCAUUUUUGUCGGACCGGAGAGUAUGACGAAUCGCGACGCCGAAUUUCCACUGCCAGAGCGGACACCUGGCAAUCCAUUCGGGGGAGUCGUCGAAGACCGACUUGGAGGUCAAUUCAAAAUCACGACCUACGUUGACUACUUCCACACAAUGUACAAAGCCAAUUACUUCCAACCUUUUGAUCCAUACUUGGACUGCAUCAUGUUGUUUCAUCCCGGACUCGGACACCCGGCAAGCUCUCACGAGUGGGAAGAAACCCUCCCGCAACUACUGGAGACCAAGGUGCCGAUCAUCAGCACAGGCUACACGCAGUGGGAUAUGGAACGGGAUAUCAACUGGGUACAUGAGAAAUGUGCUGGCGAAUUCGAUAUUCUGCUUGAACCGGGCGAAAAUAUUUUCCGCAGUUUACGCUGGGAUCUCAAUGAUCUGGACCCUCAUGAUGUUUCGUGUGGCAACUGGGGUGUUUGGGCCUUCAGAGGAAAGAGAUACGAGGCAACAUUCCGCAACUAG